GUCGAUACCUCUGACAUGUAAAGAGCUUUCCUCCAAGAUACGAGCAGCCGAGCGUCGUCAUCCAGCGGCAUUCCUCAGCCGCCGCUUCCGUCCCGGAUCCAUCCAUCAUCCAUCCAUCGCUGUCCGCCAAGGUCUUUCAAGCACAGGGGCAUCUCUUUUUUUUUCUUCUUCUUUUUUUUUCUUUUUCUUUUCUUUUUUUUAUACUCGUAUUGCACACCCGGCUGCCGAUUUUGCAGAAGUCGGUGCAAUGUCCAGAUCGUCUGUCUAGUCCCUUUGAUCAACAGACAAAUCUGUCUUCCUACAUUUCGUCCUGCCCGAGCCCCGCGCUCCUCUCUCGCUUAGCCCUAAAAAAAAAAAAAAAUGCGUCCCGGUGCAGCGAUGCUGGCGGCGGUCAUCUUGGGAAACUCCAUCAUAACCUUCAUCUCGGCUCAGAACGCUGGGUUUGUGAAGUCGCCAAUGUCUGAGAUUAAGCUUACGGGGGACACCUUUGAGCUGUACUGCGACGUGGUCGGUAACCCCACCCCGGAGAUCCAGUGGUGGUACGCUGAGAUCAACCGAGCUGACUCCUUCAAGCAGCUGUGGGACGGGGCCCGCAAACGGCGGGUAUCCAUCAACACAGCCUAUGGCGCCAAUGGGGUCAGUGUGCUUGGCAUCACACGCCUCACUCUGGAGGAUUCGGGGACCUAUGAGUGCCGGGCCAGCAACGACCCUAGGCGCAAUGACCUACGGCAAAACCCUGCCAUCACCUGGAUCCGCGCCCAAGCCACCAUUUCGGUGCUACAGAAGCCAAAGAUAAAUGCCACUGAUCAGAUCAUCCUACCAGUGGACACCCCUGGGCCAUCUGUCACCUUGCAGUGUAACCUGACCAAUGCCCAUAAUGCCCACGAAGAAAGCUUCCUGAUGAAGAAUGGAAAGGAGAUCGCUGGUACAAGGACGGGACUUAUAACCACGGUGUACAGAAUAAAUAAGCCAAGGGCAGACGAUGCUGGGGAAUACAUGUGUGUUUACACAUUUGCAAUGGCCCCAAAUGCCAAUGCUACGAUUGAAAUAAAAGCUUCGCCCCUUAUUACUGGACACAAGCGAAGUGAAAAUAAAAAAGAGGGAGAAAACGCAAUGAUGUACUGCAAGUCUGUUGGUUACCCACACCCGGUCUGGACGUGGCGUAAACUGGAGGGGACAUUCUACACGGACAUUGACAACUCCUCAGGACGUUUCUUCAUCACCAGCAGAGAAAACUACACAGAGCUGAAUAUACUGAACCUGGAUAUAAGCACAGAUCCUGGUGAAUACCAGUGUAACGCCACCAAUGUGAUUGGCACUGCAGCUGUUACUUCUAUUCUGCGGGUGCGCAGCCAUCUAGCACCACUCUGGCCUUUCCUUGGUGUGCUAGCAGAAAUCAUAAUCCUAGUAGUCAUCAUCGUAGUGUACGAGAAACGCAAGAGGCCAGACGAAAUCAUGGACGAUGAUGAACCAGUUGGACCAAUGAAAACAAAUUCAACAAACAACCACAAAGACAAAAACAUUCGCCAGAGGAAUACAAAAUAAGCUAUUUGCCCAAUGAAGUGAGAUUGCAAAACUGCAUAUUUUGACCACAUGAAGGUAUCAGAGGGUGAAGGCGCUCCAGGCAGUUUUUAACAAAGCAUAUCUUGUCUCUACUUAUGAGAAACAAAAUCAGCAUAACACUGGCAACAAAGAAGAACAUAAUGGCUGUCUUAAGCAUGCCUUAUUCAGUCUUACAUGAAGAUUUCAGGACGAAGACGAAAAUGAAAACCACCAUAGAGGUGUACACAUUUUUAACGUGCUGUUGAUGUCUCCUUCAUUCAUUUUAUCAUGUCCUCAAAUGAGGUGAUCCUUUUUGUAUUAUGAACCAUGUAAAAUGCAUGCAAGAUAAUUACGCAAUAGGAUACUCAGAAUAGACAUUUUCUGUUGUUAUCCCUCAUGUAUGUGUGGCUUUUUUUGCAUCCAAAAUUACCUAUGGUUUUUAUGGAGUCAUCCUUGAUGAAAAAAUACUGUUUUAUUCUUGAAAAAUUUGUACAGCAUAUCAUCGUCAUUGAACAAUGUUUGAUUUUGUUUCCAGAAGUCCACUUUCAACAGAGCUUCAGUCAUGAGGCAAGGGCUUCGAUAACUGGCAGUAUUUAAUUGAGAGUGCUUACAGAAAAAGACUACUGUGUGUUAAAAUAGCUAAAUGAAAACGAAAUAAGUGUAUCCUUUUUAUUUUCGCUCCCGAGUAAUUUAGGUGUCUUGUAUGUGUUGCGGUAUGAUUGUUUAAAUGACAGAAAACCUGUAAAAAUAUAAUAACUUUUAUAUUUCGUAAUUUAUUUCAUUGAUUUAUAUAUUUUUUUCUCUCUCUUCAAAUGUACAGCAUGGCUAUAAUCCUAUGCAAUAUGUAUUCAUUUUAUAUAUAUAUAUAUAUAUAUAUAUAUAUAUAUAUAUAUAUAUAUAUAUAUAUAUAUAUAUUUCUAUAAAUGUGUGGAGGGCAGUUUUACGAAGUGAAGCUUUAAUAACGUGGGAUCACUUGGAAGCUGGCUAGCAAAAUACACUGCUGUAGCUGCAUGACUCCUAUCAAUACAGUGUAUCUAUGUGUGUUGCAGUGCAAAUUGACCUGCACUUGGGUGGGAACUGAGGGACCAGAGUAUAUAGCCAUGAUCAAACAUGAGACCAAUAUUUUUUUUCUGAAUUAAA